AUAAUAUCGAUAUGGAAAGAGUUAAUACAUUGAUGAAAAUCAAAUCUGGUGAUAGAAUUCUAACCGUCGCUGCCAAUGGAUCACACGCCCUUUCAAAGCUACUUGCAGACCCAAAAGAAGUGAUCGCGUUAGAUGUCAGCGCCCCUCAACUUCACAUGGCUAAGUUACAAGCAACUGGAAUGGAACUUCUAUCCAGGUCGGACUUUUGCACACUGAUAGGUAUAAAUAGGAGAAAAAUCGCUAAAAGCGAGAGGCUUGAACUUUAUGAACAUAUUAGAAGCGCCCUGAAACCCGAAACUAAAGCAUAUUGGGACAAAUGUUUGAAUUACAUUGAAGAUGGUUUACUUUAUUGCGGCAAGCAAGAUAGAAUAGUCAAUGAGUUCUCGAAGUCAAGACUUCCUGAGAUACAUGAUGACUCAACGAUCAAACAGUACCUUGAAUUGGGUGAUGAUAUGGGCGAGCAGCUUAGAUUUCACAAUGAGAUUUGGAAUUCAAAACCUUGGAGGAAAGAAUAUACGAACAUGCGUAAUAAAUUCGCAGCCCCGGUGUAGGACCCUCUAGACGAUGAUAUUAAUUCUAAUUUGGCAUUCUUGAAGCAGUAUGAUAGAAUGAUACAACACGUCCCAAAUAAUACAAAUGAGUUUUUGGAGGCAUUGCUCACAGGCGACAUAAGUGGAAAAUGUCGACUGCCCGCAUACUUAAGAGAGGGAAAUUAUGAAUUUAUAAAAGAGAGACUCAAUAGAUUGACUUGGAUUCAGGCAGACAUUGCAGAAUAUAUUUGCGAUGUUACACAAAGAAAGAAUGCCUCAAAAUAUGAUGGAAUUAACUUUUCAACUGCUCCUAUCUACAUGCAAAAAACUCCUGAUAAAUUGAACACGAUAAUGAAUAAUGCUGCUGCAAUAUGCAACACUGGUUCAAAGCUUGUAUAUUACACUGCCAGGGAAUUCAAGAUAUUCUUUCCGGAUGAGAUGAUGGAUAAACUGAUAAAGUAUGAUGGCCAGGAUGAUACAUUUACAUUUGGACUCAACUUUAUACCGACGAUGGCAACCGUAUUGUGA